AUGGAGACGGACUUCUCCGAGAACCAAUCAGAAACGACCAAAUGUGAAGCAGCGCAGUGCUGCCCCCUCUACGCUGCGCUAGUCCCCUACCCUUCCCUUCCAGCGGGCUCUCGGGCUCGGGCUCGGGCUCGGGUGCUGUGUGGAAGUGAAACAUAUAUAAGAGACAUGCUUCGCUAUGUGGUGGGACUGGGAGGAGAGACAAUCCACAGAUCUGGAGAACAGGAAAUAAGUAAAAACCCAAACACCUCCACCCAUAAGAAAAUGUUGAGGACGGGAUUGAGACUGAGACAACUAUCUACCAGCUGCGUGAGGAGACACGCAGCGCCUGCGGGGCUAGGCGCGGGCAAGUACAACGUUAUAGACCACGAGUACGACUGUCUGGUCGUCGGUGCCGGUGGUGCGGGGCUGCGGGCCGCGUUCGGGCUGGCGGAGGCCGGGUUCAAGACUGCGUGUAUCUCUAAGCUGUUCCCUACGAGAUCGCACACUGUGGCCGCACAGGGUGGUAUCAACGCUGCGCUGGGGAACAUGCACAAGGACAACUGGAAGUGGCACAUGUACGACACCGUGAAGGGCUCAGACUGGCUCGGGGACCAGGACGCGAUCCACUACAUGACGCGUGAGGCGCCCAAGUCCAUCAUCGAGCUGGAGCACUACGGUAUGCCUUUCUCGCGUACCGAGGAAGGCCGGAUCUACCAGAGGGCCUUCGGUGGCCAGUCGAAGGAGUUCGGCAAGGGCGGGCAGGCGUACCGUACCUGUGCCGUCGCGGACAGAACGGGCCACGCGAUGCUGCACACGCUGUAUGGCCAGGCGCUGAACCACGACUGCCACUUCUUCAUCGAGUUCUUCGCCAUGGACCUGCUGACCCACAACGGCGAGGUCGUCGGUAUCAUCGCGUACAACCAGGAGGACGGUACCAUCCACAGGUUCCGCGCGCACAAGACCGUGCUAGCCACCGGUGGCUACGGGAGAGCGUACUUCUCCUGUACCUCCGCGCACACCUGCACCGGUGACGGUAACGCCAUGGUCUCCCGUGCGGGCUUCCCCUUGCAGGACCUCGAGUUCGUGCAGUUCCACCCCUCCGGUAUCUACGGCUCCGGCUGCCUGAUCACAGAGGGUGCCCGUGGUGAAGGUGGCUUCCUGCUGAACAGCGAGGGUGAGCGGUUCAUGGAGCGUUACGCGCCAACCGCCAAGGACCUGGCCUCCAGAGACGUCGUGUCCCGUGCCAUGACCAUGGAGAUCAGGGAGGGCAGAGGUGUCGGCAAGCACAAGGACCACAUCUUUUUGCAGCUGAGCCACCUGCCACCCGCGGUGCUGAAGGAAAGACUGCCAGGUAUCUCCGAGACCGCCGCCAUCUUCGCAGGUGUCGACGUCACCAAGCAGCCCAUCCCAGUGCUGCCCACAGUCCACUACAACAUGGGUGGUAUCCCCACCAAGUGGACCGGUGAGUGUCUCACCAUCGACGAGAACGGCGAGGACAAGGUGAUCCCAGGCCUGAUGGCCUGCGGUGAAGCCGCCUGUGUCUCCGUCCACGGCGCCAACAGACUGGGCGCCAACUCCCUGCUGGACCUGGUCGUCUUCGGCCGUGCCGUCGCCAACACCGUCGCGGACACCUUGCAGCCGGGCACACCACACAAGCCUCUGCCUGCCGACCUGGGCAAGGAGUCCCUCGCUUCGCUGGACGCCAUCAGAAACGCCAGCGGCGACAAGACCACCGCACAGAUCAGACUGAACAUGCAGAAGACCAUGCAGAAGGACGUCUCCGUGUUCAGAAUGCAGGAGACCCUGGACGAAGGUGUCAAGAACAUCACCGCCGUCGACAAGACCUUCAAGGACGUACACGUCACCGACAAGUCCAUGAUCUGGAACAGCGACCUCGUCGAGACCAUGGAGCUGCGCAACCUGUUGACCUGCGCCACACAGACAGCCGUCUCCGCCGCAGAGAGAAAGGAGUCCCGUGGUGCCCACGCAAGAGAGGACUACCCAUCCAGAGACGACGAGAACUGGAGAAAGCACACCUUGUCCUGGCAACAGCACACCGGCGACCCAGUCUCCAUCAAGUACAGAAAGGUCAUCGCCACAACCUUGGACGAAGCCGAGUGCCCACCAGUGCCACCAGCCGUGAGAUCAUACUGA